AAACCACAGCUCCCUCGCUCAAGAUUUACACAGAGUUUUAACCUAUAGCAAAAGUAGAAAAGUGUUAAGAGUUUAUGAAAAUGGGAGCAAAGGGUAUUAUCACCGUUGCUACUCUAGUCCUAAUGGCUAUGCUGAUAACAGUGAACUCAGACGAACAAAUGGCACCCAUUCCUGAUCCUUUUCAUCAGAAGAGCCACAUUUAUCUAUGCUACAAGAAAUGCUCCGACGAUUGCUUUCUAAAGAAGGACAUUAAUCACAAAUGUUUCCUGAACUGCCAUCACCAAUGUCUUGGUUUCCUGACUGCUCAUCCCAUGCAGUAUUGUAGCAUGGGGUGUUCAAUGGCCCGUUGCAGCCAAUUCAGAAACGAUGCAGCCAAGAAGGAAGAAUGUGAAAAGAGCUGCUCAAAGUACUGCAACGGCAAGGUCUAAUGCUUUGUAAAUCCAGAGUUGAUGUAACAAUAAUCUUAUAUGUAUUUGUCAUCAACAGCACUGAAAAAUAAUUGGUAGACAACAGUCGAAAUAAAAUCAUUUGGCUGGAUGUAUUUGGCUUUUGCUCUCUAUAAACAAAUUUCUUGUGGGGUAUUCAGAAGUUUAAUGAAAAAAAUCACUUGGUUAAUUG